AUGGUCGAAGUCCGCACCUACACAUUGAAACCCACUUCUCUCAUCCCCAACUCCCCCCACGUCCUAAUCCACUACCCCGGCCUCUUCUUAGACAAAGUCUCCAAACCAGGUUUCAACUGCACAGAGCUCUACGACCUGUACAAGUCGAAUGGCUGGGAGUCGCAAUGGGUAGCGCGCUACGGCCCAACGCAGACGUCGCACUACCACAGCGCCGCCCAUGAAGCUAUGACGGUUAUCUCGGGCGAAGGCGCAACCAUCCGGUUUGGCGUGGCAGAUACCUCGGAUGACGUCGAGGAGCACACUCAUGGGGAUGGACAUGAGGAUGGCGGGAUCUGGGUCGAAGCGAAGCGGGGCGAUGUUUUCAUACUGCCUGCGGGGCUGGCACAUAAGACGUACGAUCCGAAGCCUGGUCCGGUGGAAUUUGCGUUCUUCCAGUGUAAAGACGAGAAUGAGGAAGUUAUACGGGAUGAGAAGAAAGCUCGCGAAUUCUUUGAAGGUCUCAAGAUCGGUGAAACUUUCCAGAUGAUGGGGAGUUAUCCGUAUGGAAACGAGUGGGAUUUUGCCGUGGGUGGGGAUCAUAAGGGGAGAGAGAGGCAGGUGUGGAAUGUCCCAGUGCCAGAGAGGGAUCCCGUGUUAGGUGACAGUAGAGAGGGGUUGUGUGGUUUAUGGCAUGACGGCCCUGCGACGAGUAAGCUAUGA